UGUCGGCUCAGCAGUGGGGAGGGGCCGAGGGAGAGAGAGAAGGUAGAGAGAGAGUAGGGGGAGGAGGGUAGGGCUCUUGUUGGGAGAUAGGGAAUGCCCGUCGGUUGCGUCUGCCGAUAAUAGCACAUCACCCUGUGCGCUGCUGUUGGGAGAGCGGAGCACAAGCAGUGCGGAGGACUGAGGCGCUGAGACACAGAAUGGUACACUAGAGAAGGGCAGGCACACUCAGAAAGACACACAGCGAAGUAGACCAAGGGAGGAGAGAGCGCAUCAGUGCACGUAGAGAGGCUGUGGAAGGAGGAAAGCAGAGAAAGGGGGAUAAAAAAGUUACCAGGUCAGCAAGAGGAGCGUGGAAGUGGAACAGCUGAGACUCGCGGGGGUCUCGCUCACACUGGAACAGCCGGGCACAAGCAAUAAGCAGCACAGGAGGAGAGUGACAUUACAGGAGGGGGUGGAAGGAGUGCUGUAGCUUCCUCCCUGAAAGACAGUCCUAUCGUAAUGCAAGGGUAAUGCUCCUCACAGGACCCUCCUGCACAGCUACUUCAGGAUUACCACAGCAAGAGAGCAGCAGCAGCAGCCAGCAGAGGACUCUCAAACCUGCCAGUGGUGCCUGAGGAGUCCAGCGCAACUCAUCUCUGUGCAGGAGACUUUGUCUUAGACUCCCAGCGUUGUGUUGUGAGCUGGAUGUAGUUGCGUUGCUGCGUGGCUUUUAAUCUUUUAUUGCCUCAAAGUGUGAAGUAGUGGAGAACUGGAGGACAAGUUGUUCUGUCCUGUCAUUUCUGAGACUAUGGUACACUGCGCGUCAGAGAGCCCUUCACAAACAGCUGCAGCCCUAGAGCAUGGAGAAGUCCAGCAGUGAGGAGUCAGCCAUUCACCGUAGCCCUUCUGUAGAUAGCCGCGACUCCGAUUUUGCUCAAGCCUCCACGUCUGGCCGCCCGUUUGGCGGCCGCGGCUUCACUGCCGGCGCUUUCUACGGCUCCACGGGGCCGCGCAAAAACCCACAGCAGGGGCAGGCAGGAGCUGCAGCUGACGCCAGCGCAGGAGACAAGACCAACAGCAAGUACAGCUCACCCAAAGGCAGCAAAUACGUAGUCUUUUACCUGGAUCUAUCCUUUGUGUUCCUUUUAGAAUUCAAGAAGUGCAACAUGGCAAGAGGCUGCCUCUGCUGCUUGAAGUAUAUGAUGUUCAUCUUCAAUCUCAUUUUCUGGUUAUGCGGCUGCGGGCUGCUCGGCGUGGGCAUCUGGCUCUCCGUGUCUCAGGGCAGCUUCGCCACCUUCUCGCCCUCAUUCCCUUCACUCUCGGCCGCCAACAUGGUCAUCGCCAUUGGCGCCAUCGUCAUGGUAACGGGCUUCCUCGGUUGCCUGGGUGCCAUCAAGGAGAACAAGUGCCUGCUCCUGAGCUUCUUCAUUGUCCUGCUGAUAAUUCUUCUGGCAGAGCUGAUAUUGCUCAUCUUGUUCUUUGUGUACACAGAAAAGGUGAGUGAGAACGCUAAGAAGGACCUCAAGGACGGCCUGGCUCUCUACAACUCAGAAAACAACAUAGGCCUGCGAAACGCCUGGAACAUAAUCCAGGCAGAGUGGAAGUGCUGCGGGGUGAUAGCGUACACCGAUUGGCACGAUGCUCUGAAGGAGCAGGUAGUUCCUGACCGCUGCUGCCAGGAGCACUACCAGAACUGUGGCCGUAACUCCACCAACAUGUUCUGGAGCAGGGGCUGCUUCGAGAAAGUAGAGGAGUGGUUGGGUGAUAACAAGCACCUCCUGGGAACCAUAGGCAUGGUCAUCUUGGUAGUGCAGCUCCUGGGCAUGGCGUUCUCCAUGACACUGUUCCACCACAUCCACAGAACGGGGAAGAAGUACGACGCUUAGCCUUGGGCUGAGGCACGGACCCGAUGAAGAGGAGCCCCACUCUCGCCUGAUGGGAUAAGACUCUCGGUUUAAACAUCCCUGCUUCCCCCUCACUUAACAACCUCUUCAGAGCAUCCUUUUACCCCCGCCCCGCCUUCCCCUCUGCCACCUCCUCCGCCUCCUCAUCCUCCUUCCCAGACCAGUCUGUACAGAUUCCAGCUGUGUUCCCGCUCUGUUCUGCUAUCUCCUCUCACCGUUCAUUUUGCCAAAGAGUAACACAACUGGAAGAGAAGGGACACCUACUUUUGGCAAGGAAGAGAAUCCCAUUGGUCCUCUUGAGUACGCUUUUUUCUUUUUGUUUUUUUGCUUGGACUAACAAUUUGCUGGAAGGAAAGAACAGACUCUAAGACAAUGAAGACUUUACUAAUGGCCACACCCCCUUCCCAGACAAAGAGAAUUUAUAAAACUCGUGGGUUUUUUUUCUCUCAUGUUGAUUGAAGUCCCCCUUGUAAAUGAAGAAAGAUCCAACACGGCAUGCUAGUUUUCUACUCCACUGAUUUACCCUUGUCUCUAAAAGUUGUUGCCAUUUUUUUUGUUUUAAACGUCCUGUAAUUCUCUGCGCGCGCGUCGUCUUUUUUGUAAUUAAGUCACCAACGCUUGGAAGUGUUGAACCGAUCAGUGUGUGUGCGUGUAUGUGUGUGUGUAUGUGGGGUUUGGUUCUACGAGGACGGGCACAGACGCGUCAGGAUGGUUUUCAAAGUUUCACCCAUUUUCAUUCGGAAAAUAAGGAUAAGAAAGAACAAAGAAAGUAUGAUGGAAGAAACCGGAGGAAUCACGAGUGGAUUUAUUUUAUUCCGUAUUCCGCAGCGUCCUCUGAAUAAUGAAUUGCGAAGCAUAAAUCUGAUCGUGAGCAAACACAUAUUUUGUGCCACAGAGCGACUCUGUUCCCGUUCCUGUGAGACCAUAGCAAUGAUGUAAAGUGGCUGUUUUAUUACAGCUCCGUUAACGCCAUCAAUUGAAGAGACCUGGGUGAUAAAGUUGUCCCUUUGAGAAAUAGACGCAGGAUGUUGUGUUUUAUUACGGCGUCUAUAGAAACGGUGAGAAACGAGGAAGAGAAGGGGAAAAAAACGGAGCGCGGAGACAUGACAUGUUGCCCCUGUAUACAGUCAGAGGUGAUCAGAGUCUUUCUCUUAUUCAUUUUGUCCUUCUCAAUCCUCCUCUCUGCAGCUGUCACCUCCCCCACCCCCAGUCUCCUUCCUUUGUCAGGAAAAAAUGAGUUUCAUGCUCCGUUCGUACGCGCAGUGUCACUGCUGACAUUCCUGCUCAUCACGCAGCUGCACCUCUGGCUCUCGACUCGUCUGGUUUUUACGUAAGCUUCCUUUCCCUUGCAGCCAGCGGAGAAGAGGGAAGGGUGUAGGCAGAUCAAAGCUGAGACAGAUAGGUAUGGCAGCGUGCCCUGUAGGGCGCGCCUGCAUGGCUCUGACUCGCUGCAGGAGGACCGAGCAUCGGCCUGAUAAAAAUACCUUCCAGGGCGUCUGCUCGAGGCUUCAGAAUCUCAGAAGAGGGACGGAUGCACCGUCAUAGGAUCAGUGUCAUUAGGUUAUCAUCGUUAUUGUGUGCUCUCCAAAGUAAAUGCAAUUAUAGGAUGGCUACGUCAUUUUAACACAGCCUAACGGAGCACACAAAAAUAAAACCGCAGUAACGGAGGUUGUUGAGAGGACGCUAGAAAUGUCAGUAAUAAUCCUUCAGUCAUUACACAGAGAACAACAAGCUAGUGUUGAAUUGGUCUGUUUAUUGGGGCCGCAGACUGCAUAAAGAUGGAACCGCUCCUCAAAAGUGAAGCCAAAGCAAGUAGAGCUCCCCCUGGUGUCUGGCUGCAGUAUAGGUCAUAAGCUCCGCCUCCUCCAUGUUAUUGGAUGCGUUAAAACGUCACAUAAUUGCUUUUUCAAAGGGUGGUUUCCGUCAUUUUAGCUGGUUUAUAUGUGCUGAUGAAUGUCAACACAUAUGAACCAGAAUGAUAACGGCGACCACCAGUUGCCAUGCCAACCACUCCAUAAAGCAAGUACAGUGGACACACCUUCUCAUUGAACUGAAGUGAAAGUCCAAACUUUUUUGCUGGUAGCGUAUAAUCCAACUAGAUGAGGUAGAGCAGAGCGUAGUUUUAAUUAACAAGUCAGGAGGAAGUUUGGUCUGGUGAUCUUUAUCACGUGGUUCUACUCUAGGACAGUACUGAAGAAAUGGCAUCAUUUUGGCCGAUCCAAGGAAAAAGGUGGUCCAUAUUUAUAUACAGUUUAUGAUUGACCCUGGCGUGAAACUGCAGAAAGUUUGGUUGCAUAUUAAACACAAAGGAAAGGAGGAGAAGGAAUUAACGUCCGUUUAGCUUCUUAUGUUCUUUUGCUGCUGCUGCUCCUCUGAUUCUUAAUUGUCAUUAGCUGCCAUUUGUCCUUUUUUUUGUUUAGUUUUUUCUGAAAUCCAUCCAUAUGUACUGUUCCUUUGCUACAUUAGCUGGAAUGAGAGUGGCUAGAUUUGUGUGAAUUACCUUCCUUUUAAUUUGGUUCCACCAACUACUUAGCAACUGAAUAAAAGUAAAAUACCCAAACUACACUUUGAUGUUUGGGCAGCAAUGUCUUUCCUCCACCGGCUUAUGACAUAUCAACCCAUUUAGCAGCAAUUACACAUCGUAGUUUACCAGACUAUGGGCCGUGUGAGGUUUGAAGACGCUGCAUUCCCAAUUUUACUUCAUUAGACGUUCUCCUAAUCUGGUGGAAUGUUUCCCUGGGAGUAUCAUCUUUUGAUUAGCUUUACGGUCCCUUAAUCUGAUGGACGUUUUCGGGAAGGCGGGAAAGGGGGGGGGGUUGGUGGAUUCUCGUGGAAGCAAAAGAUUCAGAGCUGUGAUGUGUAGCAGCUCCUCUGGCUGCGAUGCACCGCCUGCUCCCGUACGCUCCGACGGGUCCACGGGGGGAGGGCGGCGGGGGGUGGGAACAUGACAGCUGCUGAUGUACGGCGCAGGCAGGAGCGGUCACAUCUCCUCCGCUCGGUUGCCUCCACAAACUCUCUACACUUAUUUACUGCCUCGGUCGACACACACACACACACCUGCCGCUGCGUAUACAGUAGCCCGCGGGCCCCGACACUGUAGAUAUACAGCUGUGCUCUUUGGACACCUGUGAGGUAUUACGCGCACGCGGGAGGCGUUACAGGAGGGACAGCUUUAACAGUUCUGUAAAUUGGGCUGUACUCUGGCCUUCCCUGCGCGUUUUCUUUGUGUUGCUUUGUCUCACGUCAGGUGGAAAAGCAACCAGAGAAAAGGUGGGAGAUCAGGGUGGUUGCAGAAUGCUGAAGAUCCAGCGUCUGUCUCCAGGUCUGACAUCACUCCUGUGAGGGCCUGAAAACCCCCCCACCACCCCCCCGGCUGAACCAACAUCGUCUCGUCCGUGUCAACUCGUUUCCAUGCUUCCGUCUGAGUGAAUGUCGAACGCUUGUUUUAACCAAAUCUGUUUAAUGCUGUUACUUUUGUAGAUUUUUUUUUUUUGGUUGUUGCCGUUUUAAUGUUUGUUUUUAUACGAUAUACUGUUGUUUCUUGUUGGGUUUUUUUGUUUGUUUUUUUUUUUCUCUCCAGCCCCCAGUCGCCAUUUAGCAUUUGUUUCUUAGAGGAGGAUUAGCCUUUGCUGCGCUCCUCUGCAAGGUGCAAACACGCCUUUCUGUCUUAACACUGCAACAGGGAGUCAAAGCAAUUAAGUCAGAGGUGCUAGGGGGACGAUUUGGCGUCAGCAUCGGGCGAAGCUCACACAUACCUGCACUCCUGUCAUCGUGCUUCUCUAUAUUAAGACCUAUAUGAAUUAAAUUAGAAAAACCGCCGACGUGGAGCCCGCGAUGCUUUUCUUAUAGAGCAUGAUCUAUUCAUACAGCAGAGCUCGCGUCCCUCCAGUGUAUCAGCCCUGUGAUGUAAAUAUGCUCAUUUUUACAACUCGCUGUUAAAUCUUAAACCACUUCUAAUAACGUGGACGUUUUUCUAACGAACCCCCCCCCCCUCUCUGUUCGCUGACAGACGUCACCGUCCACUCAUAACGUGUGUCGUGUUUACUGCUUUUUCUGUCUGUUUUUUUUUUUCCUUUCAAGUCCACGAGCAAUGUAAAUUUUAUGUAAAUUUGUGCGGUUGUCUGUAUGGUUUUCAUAUUUGAUUUGAUUUUCAUCUCGAAGCAAAAGAUUUUUUAUUCAUGUGACGCCACGUGGACGAACUACCAGCAAGCCAUAGGCACGGAGGAGAAAGAAUGCAACUAACUGGGUUUUACAUUUUUUGGAAACUUUUUGGUUUGUUUGUUUUUCUGUUUUUUUUUUUUCCAAUCAGUUUAUGUUUUUAUGCCUCCCCCCCUCCCUUCCCUCCUCCCCCUCCCCUCCCCUCCCACCCCCCCAUGCUAAAGCUGAAUAUCUGAGCAGUGGAAAUGUAUGCUCUAGACAUGGUGUGUUUGAUGUUGUGUUCUGCUGGGUGGCGUUGUCUGAUACCUGCCAGCCUUGUCCUGUGGAGUUUUCUGCUACACGUGAAAGCACUCUGAAUAUCUAUACUAGUGGUGCACUUCCUUCUCUUCUAAAAUACAACUACUUUUUUUAAAUAAAGGAACGAGUGUCACAAAAACCCCACGGUAUACCGUACGCUCAUUGCCUUUCACGUUUAAUGACUCCAUGCUCUUCAUGUAUUCCCUUUCCUUUUCUUUUUUUUUUUAUACGUCGCCGUCAGUUUUAUGAGCAGCAUUUAAACUGUGUUUGACUGUGUUUUCUUUCUUCCCCUCUUUCGUUUGUUUGGGAAGGGCGCGUUUGGAAGCGUUGGCACGAAGAGCAAAGUGAAAUGGUGUCAAAACAGGCCCCAUGGUGCGUUCGAUGAAAGGCAUCCCUGCCUCAAAAUGGCCUCCUUUUAAAAGAAAUAACAAAACCUGAGGGACUGUUGUCCUAAAGAGGCUCAGAUGAGCUAAUGGUAGUCGGCCAGUCGUUCACAGGGUUUUUUUUUUUUUUCUAUAGAACAAAAGGGAGAUGAUGAAAGUGGGAACCAGCGCCAAUUUGUCUCUUGCUUCAGCAGCAUGGCGUGAGCAGUAUUUUUCUACAGAGCUUGUCCCCCCCCUCUCUUUUUUUUUUUUUUUUUUUUGACGUAAUUGUUGUCGGGCCUGUGUGUGAUAGUGGAGUUUAUUGUGCCAUUCCACCCUGGCUUUUUGUUUUACAUCACUUCCUUCUAUGCAAAAAAUAUGACCUAUUUUAGUCUUUGUACAGAUUAUUUUGUAUGAGUAACAUGUACUUAAAUAAAGUGAAAAGAAUCAACAGUG